AUGCCUUCUUCCACUAGCUCUCGCAAGCGUCCAGCUCUCUCAACUUCUAUCCAACCCUCCAUUACCUCAUUCUUCUCCCCCGCAUCCAAAAAUAGCUGCUCUAGCAGCCUCUCCACUACCAAUACCACCAAUACCACCAAUACCAUUAGCAAAGCCCCAAACACAAUCACCUGGCGUACCAAUAACGCACACGAGUCUCCGGGGGAUAUAAAAUCCAAACUUCUCAAUGUUGGCAUGCGUGUCCGCAAGGCCGUCCCAGAGGGUCUCAAAACAGGCACCUACAAGUCUACAAAGUUUGGUGUUGUACCCCCCAGUCAAGAGAAAGCUCUGUCAAAAGUAGUAGAAGGAAACAACAAUAAACGCGGAUACCAAGAAGAUCCGGAAAUCGAAACUCCAAUGCAAACGGAACGGCCGGCUGGACAGAUUUCUGUGCCAAAGAGCCUGAACAGAACUUAUCAUGCUGCUGUGCCGAGGGGUUUUGGGGGAGAUAUUCAUAUGAUCGAUCAGUAUGAGAAUGAUGACUUUGAGGAGGCAGGAUUCUUGAAGCCCAUAGAGUAG